AUGGCCACGCGUGCCAGGAAGCGCCAACGUACCCAUCGCCAGAAGCCGGGCUCGUUCUGGGCGCUGGACGAGGAGGAGGAUCAUUUACUGCACAUGGAUCCGAGUCUCAUGACGGAGCGGCAGCAGCUGGCGUUUCUACUGCGAACAACGGCCCACGAGGCGUCCGAUGCGUCUCACUCAGGUGAUGAGAGCUCCGAUGACGAGACUGUGACGUCCCCGCGUCCCACGAAGAAACCCAAACGGAUACAACGCUUGAAGCCACCAACGGGCACUACGCCUACCCGCCGGGGCCCUGGGCGCCCACCCAAGCACAAGAAGAACCUACAAGUAGCAGAUAUGAGGCUGCACGUAUCGAGCUCGUCCGAGACCAACGACAAGAAGCUCGAGGCCAAGGUCAGUCCGUCCGGCUCGGACGACAUCGCACAUUUGGACGCGGCGCGGUCUUUCGGACAGAGAACACCACGCUGCGCCCUAUGCUGCGACUAUGAUACUGCCUAUGAGGCGUCUUUCUCGGACGCGCUGUUCCUGUGUCCUGCAUGCGACCAGAAGUACCCGACGCAGCAGACCCUGGGGACACGCGCGUGUAUGACCUAA